UCCAUUCGGUCUCUAUCCACUUCAAGAGCCCAAGUCAUGCAUCUUUGUCUCGCCUUUUAAGCUCACCUUCCCCUCCCUUGACACCUCAGGAGACAGCCAACUACUUCCAUCAUCCUCUUCAGCUCUCCGAAGCUGAAAAGCUUCUGCAGAUUCCGAUCAUGGAAGGCUUCAUCCCGUUCAUCUACAGGGCCGUAGUGAAGUACAGGAAGGAAGGGCAGGUCUCCUUCGCCGACCUCUUCUUCGACGAGCCGUCGUCGACGUCCUACUUCCGCCUCCCGGGUGACUCCGGCCGGUACCAGGUGACGGCCAACGAUCUGUUCUCCCAGACGACGGCCAACCCCGGCGCGGCCGGCGCGACACGGCGGUCCCCGGGAAGGUGCCCGUCGCACCGCCGGCGUCUCCAGGGCCGUGACUCGUGAAGUCGCGAUGAUGGAAGUGCAUGCAGGCAGGCAACAGGAAACAAAUCGAAGUUAAAAAAAAAGCAAGCGAAGGCUUGUUCAUAGCAGAGUACACGCAGAGUGUGGCAGCGGACGCUGAGCAACUGUGAAUAUUAGCCCAAGUUGCAGUGUAAGUGUACAUAAUUUGUCUUCCUUUUUAGCUUAUCGUGAUCUGCUAUAUGUAAUACUUGGGUGCAGGUCCUCCCAAGGAGGCUUGCACCUUAGAGUGAGAAUUGUGUACUCUCCGUUGGAAUAAUAUGGCGAACAAAAAUGUUGGAACGCAGGAAUUUCAGCUGAAAAAUUCUCGCGUUCCAAACUGGUGGCGUAUACAUGUAAAAAUUAAGGCUUGUAUUCGUACACAUAUGGGUGCAUACAAAGUGGCCACCGUCAAAACUCAAAGUGCAAUCUAGUUCUUUCAGAUCCUUCGUGC